AUGGAUUUUCCAUUCGGUUCUAAUUAUUUCAUUAGACAAAAUAAUAAGUAAAAUAAAAAAAAAAUUAGACCUUGCGAUAUUUUGUGUCCAUGCAAGGAAAAUACAUUUGAUAUAUCAAACAAAUGUGAGAAUCCAGAAAAUACGAAAUGGAUUCUGACUGAAGAUUCAAAUCCUUUCUAUAAUUUUUACUGUUGUUAAUAUAGGGCGAUGGAACUUUUGGCUAAAAAUAAUAAAGAUGACUAAAUGACUUUAUAUAAGGGAGAAAGUAAAAAUAUAUUUAAUUUAGGACCUUGCCUUAUUCCAUUUUUUUCAUGUGAAUAGAUAUAGAUGAAAAUUUAUAAGUAUAUUUAUUAGGAUGGGAAAUUGAUUAAUAAAAAUUAGAUAGGAUAUAUUUAAGCUUUUUCGCAAGAUUUCCAAAGAGAAUGUAAGGUUUCUUAAAUUUUUCAAAAACCACUUAUUAAAAUUAUAAAGAAUGUAGAUUUAGCAGCUGAUUAAUAAUAGAAUAGUAAUAUUAUAUAAUUAAGGAAGGUCAAAUCUUUGUUAUAACAAUGCCGGAGAAAGAGAAACUUUAUGAUUAUUAUCGUAGAUAAUGUUGCUUACCUCAUGGUACACUUGAAUAUAAGAUAUACUCAAAAGUAAAUAACAACCAUAGUGAGCAAAUUGGAACAAUUUCUAACGAAUUUUAAGGUUGUUACAAAGAAUAUUGUACAAGAGGAGAUUUAUUUACGAUGUCAUUUAAUUAAGUUGACGAGUUAAAUGCAGAAACAAGAACCCUAUUAAUGUAUGGUUGUUUGUAACUAAAUUAUCAAGAAUAUGAAUAUAUGA